AUGUUUGGAGAACGACUAUUAUACUUGGACCCUGCUUUGCUACAAACCAUCAAUCCCGAGGACAUGAUGCCGCUGGAAGUGGAUGACGAAUUUAUUAUGGAGAAUGAGGACCUGGCCCCAAGGAUUCAAACUCCAUGCGUGGUAACUGGCUUCAUUCUUCAUUCGCGGGUUUUCUGGGCUGCCGUAAGAGACCCGUUGCCAGGGCACUCAGCAGAGGAACCGUGUCCGUGCGUUCAGGCCCGUGAUCCUCUCAUCCAAAUAUCUUACUUACAAGAUCGCCUACAAAACUUGAAGUACCUCCUCCAUGACAUCCCUGCCAUCCUCCGGCCGUGGGGCCCACCGAAUGAGGAUCUCUUGAACAGCGGCGGUACGGCUGCGAUCUCGCGAUUGAACUUUGCAACCAUGCGAGCAAAUCUACAUGUUACCCAUCUAUGGCUCCAAAGUCUCCUUAUUGAUCAAUUGGAGGCGGCUCAUGCUGGUCAAAGGGGAGCAUUGCCCGCAUCCCGCCCUGGACAUUCGUUAUACAAGACGGAUCCGAAAUCCCUGUGGUUAGAGAGGGAGGAAUUAUGCCGACAACUCUUCUUUGUUCUCUCCACACUUCCACAGGCUAGCUUGGAAGCCAAUGGUCUUCAUCUAGCAUACAAAGUGCGGGAUAUAGCAGCAAGUAUCUUGGCGUGCCCAUUCCACCCACAGGAGCCGGAGGCAAAACGAGCGGCCGAGUAUGUCCAAGACGCCACUAGUUGGCUCUCUCGCCUAGACCGUAGCGAGAGUAUUAAUGCGCUGCAUUUACAAUCCUGGGUGGACACAGAUCGCGUCCGAAGCGAAGCUACAAUUCCCUAA